UUUUAUAAUAUUGUACAUCCUUCAAUUUUAUCUGUUAUAGAUGGCUCGUACGAAGCAGACCGCUCGUAAGUCGACUGGUGGUAAAGCUCCACGUAAGCAGUUGGCCACAAAAGCUGCUCGUAAAUCUGCCCCAGCUACGGGUGGUGUCAAAAAGCCGCAUCGUUACAGGCCAGGAACCGUUGCUCUUCGGGAAAUCCGGCGGUAUCAAAAGUCGACUGAAUUACUCAUUCGAAAGUUGCCAUUCCAGCGUCUGGUCCGAGAAAUCGCUCAGGACUUUAAGACUGAUUUGCGUUUUCAGAGCUCAGCUGUUAUGGCUUUGCAAGAAGCGUCAGAAGCCUAUCUUGUUGGUUUAUUUGAAGAUACCAAUUUGUGUGCUAUUCACGCCAAAAGAGUCACAAUUAUGCCGAAAGAUAUCCAGCUUGCCCGUCGUAUUCGUGGAGAACGUGCUUAAUGUGCCUGAAUGUGUUUUGUAAUUUAAAUCCAUUGUCUUUGAAAGCUGUUUCGACAACGGUCCUUCUCAGGACCACCA